GAGACAAGGGCCGAACCGCCCGCGCGGAGGAAGUUGGAGGAUUUAAUCUCCAUGGACACCUCCGUGGGCAUUCGUGGCUCAGUCCUGCGUGUGGCAGAGUCCGGAGUCUUCGUGGACGUGAACUGUGAGGUCCAAGGCUACUUGUCGCCAAUGGACAUUGACAUGAUGCAGUCGGCCUCUUUCUGCAAGGGCUACGAGGUCACCGUGUACAUCAAGCAGGUGAACUUGCUGAGGAGACGAGUUGCGUUGUCAAUGUUCCCGUUGCGAAAGCCUGUCAAAGUCAUUGGCGGUGAAGGUUCCAAAAGCAUCGGGGACACCAACGUGUGA